GCACUGCCGCCAUUCGUUACACCCUGUCUGUAUUGUGGCCACAACAAAUCAAUAACAAAAGCUGUUCUGCCCAAUAGUAUAAUUUUAAAGUAACGACUAGGACGCACCUACCCACACAAAAUGGAGGAAUUUAGGAAUGAUACGCAAAAAUGUGAUGUAGAUAUGUCGCCAUUUAUUUUGGAUGAUCUGCAGUUGGCAGCUGAAUUGGGUAAGACACUGUUGGAGCGGAACAAAGAGCUUGAAAUAUUACUGAAGGAGCACAAAACCAAGAUGGAAGAGCAGGAUCGGGAAAUAAUGCAUUUGCGCAAACAAAUCAAUGCCAUGAGCGAAGUAAACGACUCUCGAUUAAGAGUCUACGAGCAGCUGGAAGUCGGAAUACAGGAAUUAGAGCACAGCAAUCAUCGGCUUAAUGUGGAAAAAACUCAAAAUAAAAAACAAAUUAAAUUGUUGACAGCAAACGUGGAGUCACUGGAGACGCGUUGUGAGGAGCUUAGUAAGCAAUUGGAUGAAUCAAAGCAGACACUCAGUGCGGAGCGCCGUAAAAACGAAAAAGUUCUCCAGGAACGAAGGACCGCCUUACAGCAACAUAGUUAUAAAGAUCUCACUCCAAAAAAGCCAACAACGCCCAAUGCUAAUGGCAACGAACAUGAACAGUCGCGCUUUGAUGAAAGCUUGAUGACCGCAGAAAACUUAAGCUUUGCUCUUGAGGAACGGAAUAACGCCAAUUCGACCGGGGUCAAUGAGUCAACAGUACAGAAUGACAAUUCCGUAGUAUUGCCCUCGGAAGGAAGUCUAAAUGAGGGACGUGGAAUAGUCAGCACUGGGGAAGAUAAUGAGGAAUUGUUGAAACUCAUCUCUGAAUUGGAAUCAACAAAACGUGCUUUAAACUCAGAGCAGCGACGAUUUGGAGAACUGGAAGAGCAGCUGGUGGUCAUAAUUCAAGAAAAUCAAGCGCUACAAGGGCGUCUUCUACAAAACAGCACAAAUGAGGAGACGAUGUCGAUUCACGAUGAAUUGUCCUUGCUAGACGAUGUUCAACAAGAAUUAAUGUGCAGCCGUUGUUUGCGUGCAGUAGAAAAACGUGCGGCAAACAACGAUGAACUAUUAUCGGUAGCGCAAACCGAGGAUGCAGAAGAAGAUGAUGAACGCAGCUUUCUUGAACUUGAGAGCCAACGUGACAAUGAUCAAGGUAGCGAGUUCAGUUCCGUUACGGGAGCCUCUCGAGCCGGGGCCUCUACCAAUCGCUCAUCCGUUGCCGUUGAUUUAUCCAAUGCCCCCAACCCAUACCGGGACUUGGUAGAAAAAUAUGAAGCACUGCUGCAGGUGCAGCGUUCGUCGAUUCCGCCAAACUCAGUUGGUCCGAGGAAUGAAAAUACGCUCGCCGAUGAAUUUAAAGUAAGCGCUCAAUUAAACCAAACGCCGUCAGCAAGUGGUAGUAGUCCGCAGACAGCCACAGCUGAAAACGAGGGGAAACCAACGAAAAAUGUGCGAAGAACGCCUACAGAAUUUUCUGAGGCAGAGACUUCGUCGUCGGGCUUUAUGGAUGAGACGAGCAACAAGUACACUCAAACAGAUGAGCGGCCCGGAUUCUUUUUGUGCUCAAUUGGCGAUGGCGAGAACUGUAAGUUUAGCAUCUACGAUGAUGCCAGCCCCAUCGAUUCACACUUUCGCGACAGACCAGAAUAUCGCGAGCUCUUCAAAGAGAUAUUUGGAGUACUAAAAAAAGCCGCUGACAACAAGGAAGAAGGCGAAAACCUACCAUUGUUAGAUGAUAAUAAAGCGGCAAUGCUCAAUGUUAAAGUGCCCCCGGUUACACCGGCGAAUGAAGAGCUUCCUUGUGAUUUUGGUGACGACACAGAAAGCAUAAUUUCUUCAGUUGUGUCUGAACAGUCCAUAGCAAUGUCCGAAUGCAUCACCAAGCUUGAACGAAAAACCGCUAAAAAGCAAAUUAAUGAGAGCAAAAACCAAGGAAACAAUAGACCAUCAGCUAUCUCCUUUGCCAAUGUAACUGAAGCCAGUCCAAGCAGGGCUUAUAAGCCUGGAAUGCAGCAAAUAAUUGAAAAUGGUAGAGUCUUAACGCCUUUGAAGCGGGAGCCGCUCGAAUAUUUGACUGUCGGUGUUGGUGUCAAGAAGAAGAAUCGCCGUAAAAAUCGCGGCUUAAAUAGCGGAGGGGAUCGCGUCAGCUCACCGCUGGCUCUGCCACCUUCACCACGCGUUGGCCAAAUUGGUAGUAACGGGCCCAAUAACAGCCGACGUACCCGUAAGGACUUCAUUCCAUUGCCCGCUGAUAUUUUAGCACCGGGGCCUAGUCGUUUGGGAGGUAUUCCCCGCCAUAUGGGUGCCGCAGGUGAUUGGAAUGGUUCGUCAAUGAUUGUUUAUAACAAAAACUUAAAUCCGUCACGUGCCAUAAGAAGUCGAGAGUUUGAAGUGAACGGUAUUGAGUAUCGCUUUAAUACCGUUUCGCAGGAGCUGCAUAAGCUUAAAAAGCUUGAUCUAUCCUAUGCAGAGGUCCUGCGUCGAGCCGAUCCCUGCGAUCAUCAAAAGUCACAGAAGCGGGGACCAGUGCCACGUCAACAUAAUCGCCGCCGAAAUGGCAAUAACGGAAGCAGCAACCCAAAUGUGUAAUUUUAUUUUAAGUCUAACAUUGAACUAUAAUACUUAAUAAUAAACUAUUUGGCCAUAACUAUA